AUGCUGGUCAAAUUGGUGAUGCUGACCUGCCUUCUGUUCGUGGAUGGCCGCCUCAAGAUGAAAGAUGUGAAGAAGCUUCCAUUCCCAGGAGGUCCCGCAGUGGCAGACUUUCUCGAGAAGACAGACGAAGAUUCCUGCUCCGUCAUCUUCGUAACAGACGAUUCUGGUCCAUUUUCUACCACCGUUAAAGAGGCAUGUACGACACGGGAUCGACAGCAGGGAGCAGCGGUGUUUGAGGUUGGGCUGCGUGAUCGGAACGCGAGUCGCCGCCUUUCCGAACUGUUGCCGGUGGCUCGCCAAGUGCGACGGUUGUCUUGGUGCACGAUGGUGGUAGUUGUGAGUCACGACCCGGCCUUCCUCGUCGCCUUCGCAGAGUCGUCCCUAAGAGGCCGGCUGCUGGUGUGGGCCACCAAACUGUUAAUUGUGACGCGUCUGGCCCUUCGGCAUCUUCAGAGUCUUCUUUCCACCCACUGGACUUUCUCCAUGAUGAACACAGUCUUCCUCAACUUUGAAGAAGUCCCUAAUAAAAUAUGUUUCGGGUACACGUACCUGCCGUAUACCCCGAAUGGCGCUAAGCUAGUGAAGGUUGCUGCCUGGAAGCCAAGGAGCGGUUUACUCCUACAUCGAAAUACAUUGCCUUUCUCUGAGAAGUUUGAGAAGUAAGCUGUUGAGGUCCGCUAAUGUAUGAAAUACAUAUACACAGAUCAUUAAAAUCCAGUUUAAUAAAUUCUUCAACAUGGCAAGAAGUUUUGUAUAUUU